AACAGUAAAAUGAAUUCAGUGACAAGUGAUGUUAGUUUCAGUUUUUUUGCUGACAACAGAUUCGAGGAUAGUCCUACUGAGGAAGAGAUAGCUUUGUACAGUCCUUCAUGCCAGCUAUUGUUUAAUGACUGCAGUGUCAAAAGAAAACAAAAUCUUGAUGAUGUGGCAAGGAAACUUUUUGCGCAUUUACCAACAGAGACAUUUAUUGGUAAAUCAAGUCAAAGGAAUAACAAGAAGAAAACUUCCUAUUUUUCAACUGAUCAGUAUCUUAUAGCAGAGCCUCCUGAAGAGAGAUUUACCCAAUUUACAAGUCCUGCAACUGCUAGUAACAAUGAACCUGGAAAUUUCUUACAUAGCAGUGAUAUUAGAAAAAUUCCCAUAUUAAACAAUCAUAAUUCUGAGCUGGAAUUAGACAUUAAGGAAGAGUUAAUGUCACCAUUCGUUUCUGCAGUACAGAAUUCAAGGAUAUCAUACAAACCAAUGAAAUGUCCUGAAAAUGAAGUUGAAGAUCUCUUAUGUGACUGGGCUCGUCAUAUCAACCUGAGUGCUACCUUAGAUAAACAAUGUGCACCAUUAGAUGAAGAACAGCGAGAGGUGCUGCCAGUUUAUGAAAUGACGAUUCCCAUAGAUGUACAUGAACUCCUCAACUUCAAUUCUAUGCUGGGAAAUUUGAUAUUGUCAUCACCACUAACAUUUAUAAAUCAUCUUAAGCAGGUUUGUUAUAAUAUUGUGAAAGGAAAUGAUAUGUUAAUGAAGUUAUAUUCACCAUAUCAAGUAGUUAUCAAACCGAACUUUAUGAGUGUUCCGACCACUAAAGAGACAACAGUAGAAUCGUCAAGGUGUAUAGCCAAUAUGAAACGCAAUCACAGCAAACUUUUCAAAGUUCGUGGAUUGGUUAUAGGAUUGUCCUCUAACGUACCAUACACUAAAAGUGCAGAAUACAGAUGUUUGCAGGAAGAUUGCAUUUGGUUUGGUGAACAUUGUUACCUUAUUACGUCAUCAGUUGGAUCAGUGGAAGCUGAUGUUGUCAGAACAGACUUUCAAUGUGAUGGAUGUGGAAAUUUUUUAGUUGAAGAUAUAUCUAAAAGAACAUUUGCUGACAAAAUAUAUUGUUUUGUGAUACCAAAAGAAGCUGCUAAAAAUUUGAGGUGUAUCAACAACAUAAAUAACCAUCGUUCACAAGCUAUCAAGAUGCUUUUAAAAGAUGAUAUGUGUAAAAGUAUUCAUAUUGGAGGUUAUUUCUGGUUUACUGGUGUGUACAAGAAUGAUGUACUAUUAUCGUCUCAACUGAGUGUUCAAAACUUGUUUGAAGUGUUGAAUGUCGAGCCAGAUGUCCCAUUUAUAAAUAAAGUUAAAAGCUUUCAAAAACUUCUCCCUGAUCCUGUCUGUACCUUAUAUCAAGAUCGAAAAACAUCACCGUGGAGUUUUGCAUCAAGUUUAGUAUAUACUUUUCUUGAUACGGUGUAUCCAGCUGGAAUGUUUCAUCUUUUUAAAACGGUAAUAUUGUUCAGUCUGGUGAUGGAGGGUGACAAAUCUAUUCUAAACAUCGAGGGAAAGGGUGAGAUAAAAAACACGAAUAACAACUUGCAUGUCUUGGUUGAAGAUGAAGAAAUUUUAGCCUACCAAAGACAAAUGUUGUAUGCGAUCAGUUAUAGUGAGUCGAGUGUUGUGCAUCGUGUCCCUCUUUAUUUGUUUGGUGCUGUUAACGAUGAUGGCUCAGUUGUAUAUGUCGAUGGUGGAAGUUUGUCUCUUGCAUCAACUGGAAUAUGUGUUAUACCAAACAUAACUGAAUUAAAGAAAAAUACCAUAGAGCAGCUUCAGAAAGUAUGCGAAAGUGAAACAAUUACAAUCAACAUUCCAAGAAAACAACACGAAGAAGUUCAACAAUCACAAUUCGUUCUACCAUUUAAAAGCUCUGUCUGGUGUUGUUGUGAAAAUUCGUUCGAUAUCUCACACAAAGAGACGGUACCAUCUGCAUUUCUCAGUCAGUUGCAUCUGGUGUUAUCUAAUCGAACGCAGAACAAAUGGAAUAAUUUUGAUGAAGUUCUCUCUGCGAAUAUACUUGGAAAAGCUUCUAAGCCUAUGCAACAAUAUACUGGAACGUUAAUAACUCAUUCGCAUAUGAUGGAGGUGAUAUCACGUGUAAGAAGUCAUACUGUAGAGAUGUCUUUAGAAGCAUACAAGUUCAUCAAAACGUUUUACUUAGUUAGUAGAAGAGUGAACAGUCACGUGACGCAUAUUACCUUGCAAACUUUGUUACGUUUAUCUGCUGCUCAUGCUAAACUUAUGCUAUAUAAGAAGGUAUCGGUGGAUGAUGCUGUUGUUAGCAUUCAUAUACUUGAACAACUAAUGGCGUUGAAAUAUGGUGACUCGAUUCUUGGUGUGACACCUGUAUUACAUUUCGAAAACAAGGACAUGUCACGCUUCAUUGGACCCGAGAACGAUCUAUUUCUGCGCCAAUUGAAAAAACACAUCGUUCAAUAUUGUUCAUCUUAUUAUCCAGACGCGCUAUCUGAUGUUUUACUUGAUGAAGAAUAAAACUGCAGUGACUAAUAUCACUUUGAUGAUAAUGUGAAAAAAAAGUUGGUGAUCUUAGCGACAGAUAGCAGAUCUCGUGUUUUCUUUGUCUCAAAAAAAUAGUGUUUUGUUUAAGAGUUUGGUGGUUAUAUGUAUUCUUGAAAGUGUUUCUGCAAUCCUAGACAAAAAAUAUUUACACAAAUAUUGGCAAAAAGGCAUUUUCUUGGUCAUUUUGCAAAUAGGGACAAAAGCUUCACACGGUACCAAAAUUUUAAAGUCGCGACGUCUCACACACACGUAGGAUAGACAAACAGCAUUUAAAAUGUGCUAGUCGCAUUCUGUAGCUCGCCCGCACUGCGAAAUAUUCCACGUCGAGGCAACAACAGUUAGCAUAUGAGUGUGGGCUAAAUAACCAAAAAUUCUACGUCCACUCUAAACACUGACAAGUUCAAAUGUGUAAAUCUAAUCACGGAAUAGCCUUUGCAAUUACUUGUGGUGGCGAACUUUAAAGUUAGUUGUCUUGUCUAAAAUUAUUUUGACUAGGACUGUAGAUACACACGUAAUCUAAACCUGUGCUAGAAUACUUUCACCAUAAAUCAAUAAAAUAGAAAGAUUCAGAAGAAUCCUGAAUGGUUAUGUUCUUAAAGACGUUUGCGAAUGUGUUGUAUUAACAGUCGCGUACCGUAGAAGCUGUUAGGCGUUAUUAAAGUAUCUAGCUAGUUUUUAGUCUUUUACAAUAACAUUUCAUAAGUAUCUAUGGUGACAAGAAAGGUCUCUUACCUCCCUCAUGCAUAUGCUACUAAUUGUAUGUUUAUGUUACACACAGAACUGAUAAAUUAUAUUUUCAUCGGUAGCUACU